CCCGGUCUUCCAGUUUCCCGGCGUGCUUCGGGCCCGCCAAAUGGGAGGGGGAGACGCAAGAUGGCGGCAGCCGCGAACUCCGGCUCCAGCCUCCCGCUGUUCGACUGCCCAACCUGGGCAGGUAAACCCCCACCUGGUUUACAUCUGGAUGUAGUCAAAGGAGACAAACUAAUUGAGAAACUCAUUAUUGAUGAGAAGAAGUAUUACUUAUUUGGGAGAAACCCUGAUUUGUGUGACUUUACCAUUGACCACCAGUCUUGCUCUCGGGUCCAUGCUGCAUUGGUCUACCACAAGCAUCUGAAGAGAGUUUUCCUGAUAGAUCUCAACAGUACACAUGGCACUUUCUUAGGUCACAUACGGUUGGAACCUCACAAGCCACAACAAAUUCCCAUCGAUUCCACAGUCUCAUUUGGUGCUUCCACAAGGGCAUACACUCUGCGUGAGAAGCCUCAGACACUGCCAUCAGCUGUGAAAGGAGAUGAAAAGAUGAGUGGAGAGGAUGAUGAGCUCAAGGGCCUAUUGGGGCUUCCAGAAGAAGAAACCGAGCUUGAUAAUCUGACAGAGUUCAACACUGCCCAUAACAAACGGAUUUCUACCCUCACCAUUGAGGAGGGAAAUCUGGACAUUCAGAGACCAAAGAGGAAGAGGAAGAACUCACGGGUGACUUUCAGCGAGGAUGAUGAGAUCAUCAACCCAGAGGAUGUAGAUCCCUCAGUUGGUCGCUUCCGGAACAUGGUGCAGACUGCAGUCGUCCCGGUGAAGAAGAAACGGGUAGAGGGCCCUGGCUCCCUAGGCCUGGAGGAAUCAGGGAGCAGGCGCAUGCAGAACUUUGCCUUCAGUGGAGGACUCUACGGGGGCCUGCCCCCCACACACAGUGAAGCAGGCUCCCAGCCACAUGGCAUUCAUGGGACAGCACUCAUUGGUGGCUUGCCCAUGCCAUACCCGAACCUCGCCCCUGAUGUGGACUUGACUCCUGUCGUGCCAUCAGCAGUGAACAUGAACCCAACACCAAAUCCUGCAGUCUAUAACCCUGAAGCUGUUAAUGAACCCAAGAAGAAGAAAUAUGCAAAAGAGGCUUGGCCGGGCAAGAAGCCCACACCUUCCUUACUGAUUUGAUAUUUUUGGUCAUGGAGAAGGGUGGGAUUGGGUGGGAAUGGGGUGGAAGGGUGAUGGGGCACUAAUGAACUAGGGAAAAAACGUUCCAUGUGUGCAGUAUCGUCUUUCAGAAUGUCUCCUGGGGUCCUAACCAUGUAAUAUUAAGACUGGGGGUGGGGCUAAGAUAUCAUAAAGACCUGUAUUCAGAACACUUUCCAUGCAGAGAAAGGUUUCAUAGGUCCUUUUAAGCAGACUGCCCUGGCUCUUUCCCAAGGCCUUUUAUUGCCUCCUCCUUCCUUCUCCUUUCUAGGAUCAUUUUUAUGUGAAGUCACAUACCCCAGGUUGAAUCCAGAGCUGUGGAGGUAGCAUUAGCCUCACCAGUCUCAGGAGUCCCUGCAGCCUCAUUUAUAUUUACUGUCUUUGCAAGUCCCAGGUGGCAAAAGGGUUGCCAUGGAUCCCAGGAUGAGCAAAAAGGUUUAGCAUUCUUCAGUUAAGCUAAGGUUUAAACUCAGAAGUGUUUUCUCUGGUCUUUGGUUUUGAGGUCCAAUGGUUAGGCUUUUCUCUUUGGUCCUUUCUGUUGGAAUGAGAACAUUUUGACUCCCCUUGUCUGUGACCAGUGCCAGAGGCACAGGUUUAUAGUUUUAACUUACAGUGUUGUGUGAACUUUUCUUGUCAAACCUGAGCACUCCACUUGCCUGUGUUUCUCAUUUAAUUUCAGAGUGCUGUCCUCAACUGUCUAAGGCAUUACUUUUCUUUUUGAGUGUGUUAUGAGGCAAUUUUUAAAGGAUAUGACUAGUUAGGGCAACUCCAAUUAAAAAUGAAAAGAUUUAUUUUGCAAGUAAUUGAAGUCAAUUAAGAGGACUUUUUAGCUGUUGGUUUGGAGGCUCUUUCCCCCCUCGUUUGAGAGCUUUGGUUGUUCAGAGCUCCAAGACUAGACCUGGCUAACAAACAGGAGACGGGUAGGAAACAUUGAUAUGAGCUUUGUACAGAGAUUUGUACAUUUGUGUAAUAGGCCUUUUCACGCUUUAUGUGUAGCUUUUUACCUGUAACCUUUAUUACAUUGUAAAUUAAACGUAACUUUUGU